AGCAGCCUCCGAUCCCCCAGCAGAGGAGGUAGCGCCAAAGGACGACAUCACCAAGCCCAAGGACAAGGACGCUGGCAAGAAUUAAGAGAUACAAUGGACGUCGAUCACGACCACGACCAUGACCAUGACCAUGACCAGGCUACCAUCCACAGCAGCCGGCAUUCUCACCAUACUACCUGCUCGCACCGCGACAGCCACGACGAUUGUCCUCAAGCUCGGCUAUCAUAUCCGCAUACGAAACUUCCUGGUACCACCAAUUUUAAUCUUAAUGGCAAUGGCAGUAGUAGUAGAACGGCAAGCAGUGGAAAUGGCAGCAGCAGCAGCAGCAACAACAUGAAGAAAAAGCGCAGCGAUAUCGAAAUAGUGGGCAUCGAAAUGAAGGAAAGUCCGAGUAAAAACAACAACAAUUCCACGACGACAAGGACGACAACGAUGAUUGGCGAUGAGAAAAGGCGGGUGGGUAAUCGGGGUGGGGUAUCGGAUUCCGAAAAAAAAAGCGGCAUCGGCAGCAGCGGCAGUAGUGGAUCAAGGUCAAGGUCAGCAUCCACCGACUCCGGAUCGGGAUCGGUGGUCUCCACCACGCUCGGCGCCGGGACCGGAACGGGGAUCAGAUGCAUCACGGAGGGGACAGCGGUUAGUAGGAGUGCCGGGGAGACGGCCGGCGGUGGCGGUGGCGGCGUCGGACUUGGAAUUGACGGAGCGGAUGACAAUGACGAAAAUGAGCAAAGAGUGGAAAGAGACAGUGAGGGAAGACCGGUCGUGUAUAAGGUCUAUAAGAGGAGGUGGUUCGGGUUGGUGCAGUUGACGUUGUUGAAUAUCAUUGUUAGUUGGGAUUGGCUCACCUUCUCCCCCGUCGCCGCCCACGCCGCCGCCUACUUCCGCACCACCGAAACGACCAUCAACUGGCUCAGCACCGCCUUCCUCUUCGCCUUCACCUUCAUCACCCCCCUGGUCAUCUACGUCCUGCACCUCGGCCCCAAGUUAUCCAUCACCACUGCCGCCGCCCUCCUGCUCAUCGGCAACUGGGUCCGCUACAGCGGCUCCCACUCUUCCUCGCCUACGGGUGGCCACUUCGGCGUUGUCAUGUUCGGCCAGAUCCUCGUCGGCCUAGCCCAACCCUUCGUGCUCGCCGCUCCCGCCCGCUACUCCGACCUGUGGUUCACCAACCGGGGGCGCGUCGCCGCCACCGCCUUGACUUCCCUCGCUAACCCCUUUGGCGCUGCGCUGGGCCAGCUCAUUGUGCCGUUUUGGGUUAACGAGCCAUCAGACGUGAGCAAGAUGGUCCUUUACGUAUCAAUCAUCUCCUCCAUCUGCUCCGUCCCCGCCUUCUUCAUCCCCUCUCGGCCUCCAACGCCCGCGGCACCCUCCUCCACCACGCCCAAACUCACCCUCCGCACCUCCGCCGCCAUCUUACUUGGUCACGCCGAAUUUUGGCUCCUCUUCAUCCCCUUCGCCGUUUACGUAGGCACCUUCAACUCCCUCUCCUCUUUACUUAAUCAAGUAAUGGAACCAUACGGUUACACGGACGAAGAAGCCGGCAUCGCGGGGGCCGUGUUGAUCGUCGUCGGUUUAGUGGUGUCAGCAAUCACGUCCCCGAUAAUCGACAGGACUAAAGCGUUUUUAACCACAAUCCGCAUCGCCGUCCCGCUUAUUGGUAUCUGCUACCUCAUCUUCCUCUGGAUGCCCUCCACCCGCGCCUCCGCCGGCCUGGCCGGGCCGUACGUCAUUUUAGCCAUCCUGGGCGCUGCGAGCUUUAGUUUGGUGCCGGUGGUGGUGGAGUUCUUGGUGGAGGUGACGCACCCGAUUAGUCCGGAGGUGACGAGCACGUUGGCGUGGAGCGGGGGACAGGUACUUGGCGGGGUGUUCAUUAUUGUUUCGGGGGCGUUGAAGGAGGAGAAGGGAAGGGGGGGAAGGCCGGAUGGGAAUAUGUAUUGGGCGUUGGUGUUUCAUGCUGUGGUGGCGAUGGUGGCGGUGCCGGUGCCGCUUUGUCUUGGGUUGUUUGGGAGGGGGGAUAGGGUUAGUUUGAGGAGGGUGAGGUCGGAUGAUGGGAGGGGGGAUGGGUUUGGGGCGGAGGGGACGGCGUGAGUUCUCUCUGUUCUUGCUGAGGGUUGGGGUCUGCAAUGACGUUAUGAUGGAUGACGGUGUGUAUGUGUUAUGGUUUGUUUAUAUGUUAUGAGGAUGCACAUUCUCGUUUAUACCCCUGUGGCGGGUUUUGGGUACAUCAAUUAGGAUUAUUAUUUUGUAUAUCUAGGUCUCUCGCUCCUCUGCUCCCUUCAAAGCAGGACAGGGGUAAUGUUUACUUUUUAACCAACCUCAUCUCAUUACCAUCAUGCAUCACAUCACUUCCUCCCAAGAACCCUUUCCAACCUCCCCUCCCACUCCCCC